AUGCAAGAGUAUGGAAAACGGGGUGGAUGUAAACAUAUGACAGUUUGUAUAAUAGAAUUAUUAAAAAGCUUUUUUCAUGCUGGUGACAUUGACAAAACUGAACGAUAUACUGCAAAGAACAUGCUUGAUGCAUUAGAGAAAAAAGCAGAAGUUGGUGAAUUAGAAACUA